AUGAUUCGCCGACAUAUAUCUGCGGCGCAUAUAUGCUUAAGAUGUCAAAUACGACUAGGGCAACGACCUCUUUCAUCCUCAAGACAGAGAGUGUAUUCGACCGAGUUCGCAGCAGAUUAUGAACGCAAUGGGUCAGAAACAUCAAAUGGUCAAUCGCAACACGUCAAAGGUCAGCAGGAUAGCAAUGGAGAGACAGGAUACUCCUCCAACGAAAGGGAGGUAGAUACAACAAGACCCGGGGACUUGCAACCAGAACGGCACAACAACGAAAUAUCGGUCAGAAGACUUGGUAUGAUGCAAAGCGCAACAUCGAGUCGGAGCGCAACAUCGAGUCGGGGCGUCAAGAAUUUCGAAGGAUGUCAACCAAAAUUCUAUGGCCACACCGGAACCAAACAAGUCGGAAAUAGUGUGACAUUACCGGGCAUGGAUACGUUGGGGAAGAGCGCUGAAGUUCUCGUCUUGCGGGAUUCGAAGAUGAAAUUCUACAAAGAGAAGGUUAAGGACAUUCAGGAAGGCGCGGCACCCGAGAGUAUUGACAUAUUGGCCAGGAUCGAAAGCGAGAGAGGGAUUGUCUCUUCGGAAGACGUCGAAACGAACAUUAAUGCGUUUAAUCCUCAGACGGGCAAGCUACAGACAUGGAAGGAUUUCAACGAAGUAGUGCAAUCAUUGCAAGCCGGUUUCACAGCAUCUCAGCUGAGGAAGUAUAUUAAUUCGUAUACGGCCCAAAAGAGGAUGAAGAAAGUUCCGUCUCUUGGAUUCGGAAUUCUAUUCGACAAGAUAGCAAUCGUGCGAGCCAGUCCUUGGGUGCCAGAAAUUUCUCCGAUAAGUCAGCCAAUUCAUAGCAGCCCCUUGCGGGGAUAUUCUCCAUCAUCCUACAAUGCUAAGCAAAAUCUUGCGGCAAGAAUUAUGAGAGAAUGCUGGCGACUGGAAGUGCCAGAACUUGUUGAGGGGAUAGGUGAAGUCGAGGUCCAAGUCUAUUUGCAGGAUUUAGACCUCUUAGUUAGUCAAGAAUACCUAGAAUCUAUGAUGAAGCGAUAUUAUCUGAACGAGCCCGAAAAGAUUGAAAUAUUUCGACCCCGUCACGUUCUACGUAUCACAUCGAGUCGAGAAAAGUCUGCCCUUAUUAUCGCCGAAAUUCAGGAUGGAAUUCGAAGCAUCAGCCGGGAGGAAGUACAGCUGAAGGAAUUAUGCAUUCAUCAUUACAGAAGGGGUUGGGAGACCAGGACCCUUACUUCGGAAGUGUUGACUAAACUUGGUGAAUUGACGAGAACGGAUAUCAGAAGACUGCCACAAGAGGAGCCAGUCGUCAUGAUUUCGUCCAUGGUUCCCGACUCUAAAUCCAACUUGUCAAAACGGAUUGACGUCGUGAGACGUUUAUUACUGGAUCUAGCUCGCUUCGAUGAAAAUAAAUACCAAUCCAGGAAAACUGGAUUGCGAGCGUUCGAUGAGUCUUCUCCCGAAAUUGAUCUUCCCGGGGGUUUUGUUCGAUAUCCAGGAUCGCGUGAGCUUUCUUGGCAAGAAAAGCUUCGUACAUGGAGUAGAUGGACUACGGCUACUCCUAAAUCUACAAACGAGAAUCACUUACCUGAAAAUUUCCAGCACACGUUUCCUUUCCAAACCGUGGAUUUGAAACUUCUUGGAGCACCCCAAGAAGAUUCCGACCUUCAAGGAGCCGAAUCUUUAUGGUCUCAUCAGUAUUCACCGACCACCUGGAUUAAAGCCGGAACUGUUUUACAUAAUAUCAGUAGCCACCGAAUCGGCAUACAGCUCGACGAUAAAAAAGAACCUGCAACUGGCUUUGCCACAAUAUCUCCCGAUAAAACUUUGAAUAUGAAUAAGCUGAAUACCGAAAUGCGUAAUGGAUCAUCUCGAAUAUUCUCCUCCCAAGCGCCAAAUCUGUCAGGAAUUUUUCAAUUGGAUCAUAGCGACAACAAGGCACCUGGCAAACCAAAACAAGAACUUGUUAUGCUAUUCAAACCUAAUCCGUGGGCUCUCUGUCCAAACGGCGAGCCAAUUGGGACUUCCGCUUUCAAUGACUUUCCCCCGAUAGAGAUGUCUUUUGCAAUCGAUCCAACAUCCUACAAGGUAGAUUUUCAUGAAAUUCAUGCUGUCGUUUCCACCGAGACCGCGGAUCUGAUGCUUCCUGAACUUAAGGCAGACCUGCAAUUCGAGAGGAAGAUUCGCUCAAAGAUGUUAUCUGAAGCCUCUAAACAAAAUACUGGGCUUGGUGGUUUGAAACCCGCUGCAUUCGCUGUGAAGGAAUUCGUCGAAAAUUGUCAGCUAGACCUAAGAAGUGACCAACAAUUGGAAACACCGCCAAAGCUGGUUUUGCCUCUCGCUAAACAUCUAUGCACCGAAGAUGGCUGGAAACGUAUGGUGAAAAACCCGAAAGUGGGUGUGGAUGUCGAGUAUUUGUUUUUCAAGCUCGAAUAUAAAAAAUCAGUAACUUUUGAUUUCGAAAACCACGAAGUAUGCUGCACGAGUAUCGAGGCCGGAAAAGCAGGUGGUUCACGUUUGGAAUUGAGCCUCCUAUCUGAAUCGACGCCGAAUCAGGAUGAAACGAAUAGGAUUAUGGAAACGGCGUUGAAGAUUGUAGGGUUGAUGGAUGUGAAGAAUAUCAAAAGCGUUUAUGGGCAGACGAGGGAGGUGUUUCCUGAACGCAAGCCGCUAGUUUUAGGGCCUGAUGAUUUCAAAUUUGUGCCAAAGAGGCCGAGCGAUUUCUUGGAUGUGAAAAGACAUUAUGAAGGGGACGAAGAACAAACGUCAAGGUUCGACAGGGUAUCAAGUAAGGAAGUCAUUGAUGACUGGACCAUGGUGCCAAAGACGGGAAGACAUCUCGCUAAACCAAAGGUGGAGGAAAAUCAUGAUUGA